UACUGUUGGCAUACUGUAUCAUGGCUACUGAAUCAACCCAAACACGCGUUCUUCUCUGGACAGCACCUCGAUGCAUGUCUACUGCGUUUACGCGCUCAGUUAAUACACUCGAUGAUUCUGUGGUUUUUCACGAGAACUUUAAAGCCGCAUAUUUCUAUGGACCUAAAGGGAAUCAAACGAACCUAUUUAGCUUUGCUCCCUACCAUACGUAUGACUAUGUGAAAGCCUUACUUCAACAGGAAAUGCCAGGCAAGAGGGUACUUUUUGCAAAGGAUUUUGCUUACGUAUUGCAAGGGAAGUUUGAAAAGAUUCCGGACGGUUAUAUUCACACUUUUUUAAUCCGGAAUCCAACAAAGGUAUUCAUGUCACUACGUAACCAGUAUAAGAUUAAGAGCCUUUUCUUUGGUGAUGAAAUGCAAAGGUAUCAACCGACACUUGAAGUAUAUUUCGUGGACUACACCUUUUUAAAAUAUGUUACGUGGUGGCAGGGUUGGUAUAAGAACGCUUUCAAUAGCAAUGGAUUUGGAAAUUCCAAAAGAAAGACCAAUUAUACUCAAGAAGUUACAAUGCUACCAGCAGACAUCAGAAAACUUGUGGAAAUCAGUGAACCGUAUUAUAAAUUACUGUAUGAUAAAAGAAUAACAAUUUGAUUUCGGUAUCAAUUUCCAAUAUGGUAGAGCUGGCUUGUGUACUUUAAUGUAUAAUAAAACCUCUAUAAUUAUUAAACGGACAAACUUCA